CAGUUCCUGGGGCAGAGAUCUCACAGCGAGCGGCAGGAACCCACAGCAAGAGGAAACAAAGACAUUUACUAGUACUCAGGAGCAAUGAAGAGGCAAAAAAGAAGAAAGCACUCUUCAAGCUGACAAGCAGGAAAGUAAAAGAAGGAAAAACAACUACAGUCAUCAAGUUUCAGUCUUUCAUCAUCCAGUAAGAUGGAUCAAAAGAUCCAAGAGCUCACUGUUACACUGUUUGGCAACAGCUCCGCUGUUCAUUUUGGAGAUGAGAACAUUCUGCUUGGACAAAAUAAACUUGCAACAGAUAAUGCUGAUUUCUCUCUGACUGUUUCAAAAAUAAGGAAUGUAUCAGGGCGCAGUGUCAAUUUAAUUAACAUCCUGGACUUGCAAGACAGUGAACUUUACCUGGACUCUGUGGACCAGGCAAUAGCUCGCCUAGUCAAUGAAAAUGAAAUCCAUGCCUUUGUCUUUGUUCUCCAACUGUGCCAGUUAACAGAUACAGAUAAGAUGGGACUAGAAUGGCUGCAAAGAAUGUUUGGUGAAAGUGUGCUACCUUUCGUGAUGAUUCUCUUCACUUAUGAGAAGGAAGAGGACUGUGACACCAUCAUAGAUGACCUGAAAAAAAAUCCUGUUCUAGAGCAGCUGCUCACGAAGUGUGGCGACAGGUAUUACACCUGCAGCAAGAGCAUGAACAACCAAUCCGAGAUGAAAACACUGCUGGAGAAGAUUGACCACAUGGUUUCUGAGAACAGUCAGUGCUGCUACACUGCAGAACUCUACAACACAGCUUCAAACCUCAGAGAACGACUGCAAGACAGUAAGAACCAACGUGCAUGUAGCUCUCAACAGCCACAGGAUGAUGUGGAUGCUGCAGCCAGCAAACAAAUAACAGAAACAGAAACGGUCUCCAAAACAUCCAGAUUUCUCAAGACUUUAAAGUCAAUCUCAUACACGGUCCGGGACAAAAUAAAAGGCCGUAAUCCUUCGGAGGAAAAUGUAGAGCUUAAAGUUGCAGUACACCCUCAACAGAACUAUGAAGAAAAAGAAAAACUUUUGGGCAAGCAAACAGACCAGCUCUUUACAAGACUUCAGUUGGAAAAAAAUCAGCAACAAAAGCUAAAAACUGCAGAUGUUCUUCAAAUAACUGCACAGUCAUUAAGCUCCCAAGACUCUUGUAGAGAGAAAGAACUUGUUAAGACAUUUUUACAAAGGCUGCUGUUGAUGGACUACAGAGCAAGAAAUAUUACAGUCAGUGAGAGAGAUCAAAGACAGUCAGGUACAACAGAGAAAGAUGAGGAGGACACAUGGGAAAGUUUCAUCACGACAAAGUCAGAGCUUGAUGAUGGAAAAGGUAAAGAUCAUAUUGACCCCAUGGAUGUUCAGAUGGCUGUGUUCCACUGCUCAGACAAUUUCCUAAAACAGCUGAUAGUGACUAAACUUUCACAGUGUCAAUAUGCACUACCUCUGCUAGUGCAAAAUCCUUUCACAGGAAAGAUUGAGUUUCCUCUGUGGACAUUCCGCCAGAUUAGGAAGAGCUGGAAGACCUGUGCAAUUUCUGGUGAGACAACCAGCAAAACCAAACCAAUAUAUGAAGCAGAAACACCAAUGGUCGUCUUCUUUAGGAUUGGCGCUAUUUCCUCAUCCAAGUCUCAACUCAUGAACAGCCUGAUCAAUGAGAAGCACAACACAUUCUUCCACAGGGACUGUCCAGGCAGCUGCAGAGAUCGUCUACUGAUGGCUGGUGUGGUGGAGAUUUCCUGGUACCUCCCAUCUGGCAAAGGCACAGAUCAUUUCACUGACUGUGUGGCUUUCUGUAAUCUACGUGGUGAUGGAGAAACUCACAAGAAACAACUGGAGAUUCUGACUGAAAUGUCUUCUGUGAAUGUUGUAGUUGUAGGUGAUCAAGAUGAUAAGAUCACAAGCAAUGAAAUUCUACAGAAGCUCUUCAAAUGCCCAAAGCCACUAAUUUGCUUAUUCUGUGAGGAUAACUCAAAGGCCAGUGGGGGAAAGAAUUUGAAAUAUAAAAUUGGUCUCAAAGACAGGAACAAAUCAGAUGUGCUUACGGAUCUCAGAAAGGUAAUUAAGGAAUGUACCUCAAAAUCACUUUCUACUUUCAGUCUUGAUAAACUGGGCCAGAAAAAGGAGAUAAGAAAAGAUGAGAAUGAUGAGGAAUGCCAGAACGGAAAAGGAGCUGCUAUGCAGAUAAUGAUGCUGCUGAAAGGAAUUGAAAUGUCCAAAAUUAAGGAGCUGUAUCUCCCAUGUCAAGGAAAACAGUGGCAUAAGUGGUGUGAGAAAAAGAAGGAACUACACAGACUUCAAGGACCCAACAUAGAGAUGCAAAAGUGUAAAAAGCAAGCUGAAAUGAAGGAGAUUCGUAAAGAGCAACAUCAACAUGGACUCUCAAAACUAAUGGAGCUAUUUAUUGACACACUGAAGUCGCUAACAGAAAACGAGAAGUGCUAUUUUCUAAAAUGGCUUGGGAUCCUACUGGAUAACAGUACCACAGAUGAGCUCUCUGGCUUCCGUCAAGCAUAUGAUCUGACCUGGUCAAAAGUUCUGGACCUAAAAGGACAAGCAGACAAAUCAGAAGAAAUGAAGGCUGCCCAAACACAACUUGAAGAAAUAUCACAAAAACUGAGCGCUGUGUCCUUCGGUAUGGAACACAUUCUCAGGGAGAUGGGUCAGAUAUAUGAGUCAUUAAUCAGUGUUCAAGUAGCAAAGAAAGACUUCACUCUCCCGAAAAUUGCAGCUGAGGUGAUGCUAUCUGGGCAUCCACUGGAGCUGAUGGACGGUGAUACAGGUCAUGUUCCCCUGGACUGGGUUUCUGCAGUUCUGGAUGAACUUAUAAAUAAACUGGGAGAUCUGAGAGUUUUUGUGUUGUCAGUUUUGGGGAUUCAGAGCUCUGGGAAAUCCACCAUGCUCAAUGCCAUGUUUGGACUACAGUUUGCGGUCAGUGCAGGAAGGUGUACCAAAGGAGCCUUUAUGCAGCUGGUUAAAGUGUCUGAGGAGAUGAAGACAAAAAUGAAGUUUGAUUAUAUUGUUGUUGUUGACACUGAAGGCUUACGAGCUCUAGAAUUUACUGGAAUGUCAACAAGACAACAGGACAAUGGACUUGCAACAUUUGUUGUAGGUCUUGGAAACAUGACUUUGAUCAAUAUUUUUGGAGAGAACCCAGCAGAGAUGCAGGACAUCCUUCAGAUUGUUGUUCAGGCCUUCAUGAGGAUGAAGAAAGUGAGAUUGAAUCCCAGUUGCAUGUUUGUGCAUCAGAAUGUUGGAGAAGUCACAGCUGGAGAGAAAAACAUGGAAGGACGGAAACGCUUGCUGGACAAACUGGACAACAUGACAAAAUUAGCUGCUAAAGAGGAAGACUGCAAUGCAAAAUGUUUCAGUGAUGUCAUUGCAUUUCAUGUGAGGAGUGAUGUGUGGUACUUCACACAGCUCUGGGAGGGCAGCCCACCCAUGGCACCACCAAACCCUCUGUACUGUGAAAACAUUCAGGAGCUAAAGAGCAACAUCAUCUCAAAAAUCUCCACAAACCGUGGUGUGACACUCUCAGAAUUCAAAGAAAAUUUCAGCAGUUUGUGGAAUGCACUGUUAGAUGAAAAUUUUGUGUUUAGCUUCAGAAACACUUUGGAGAUUGCAGUGUACAGGAAACUGGAGCAUGAGUACAGUAAAUGGACCUGGAGUCUGAGGAGCGCCAUGCUGGCGAUUGAGAACAGACUCCACAACAGAGUCAUUAAUGAAAGUUUCUUGGAAAUUGAUAAAAAAGACAUCAUAGAAUGCAUGAAAAAGACAAAAACAGAUGUAGAAACAUCAAUUAAAAAGUUUUUUGAUGAAGACUGGGAUAAAGAAAUUUUGAUUCAAUGGCAAGAAAGAUUUCAGAGGAAAAUUUCAGAACUUUGCAAUGAGCUUGUAGAAGGAACAAAGAGAAAGCUGGAUGAAGUUAUUCGACUGAAAAUAGCGAGGGAGAAAAUAGACUGUGAAAAGAAAGCAUAUGAAAGUAAACUUUUUAAACUGAGUAAAGACCUUGCCAAAGAAAAAAACAAAGAAACCAAAGAAGAAGCACUCGAAAAAGAAUUUGAAGAUGUCUGGUCCAAGUGGGUCACCGAACUGACACCAGACACACCCACAUUUGGCGAAAUUAAUAUAUGGGGUGAUGUUACAGAGAUCUUGUCAGAAAGCUAUGAACUAAGCUUUGUUUGUGAGCGAGAGACUCAGGGUACCUACAAAAGAAUGGACGUUUUAGGGGAUUAUUCAGACUCUGUCAUUCUUAAAAACCAAGAAGACCCUGACCAGGAAGAUCUGCAAUCAACAGAUGAACAGGGAGAGGAAGAUGACAAUAAGAAUGCUUGUGCAUUAGAACAAGUAGUCAAAGAUGAGAAACAAGGCCUGUGUGAAGACAGCUGCGGAACGAAUACUUUUACAGCAGAUGACGGCAAUUCACUGAGUGCUCUCAUCAGAAGCACUGCCACAGACAUUAAGGCAGAAAUUCAGAAGGUACCCAUUGCUGAACGUGGAUACAGUCACAUCUACAUUCCAGAAAUAAUUGCCUCCGUCAAAGAAAAAGUGAAAACAUAUGAAUCCAGCACCUCAAAGUUUAUACUCAAAAAGGAAUUCACAGUUGAUUUAUGCCUCUAUGUGUGUAAAUUUGCUGCAGAACAAUUUGCAGAGCGGCACAAGGAAUUCAAGGAAGCCUAUGAUGUAAGACUGUACCUGGAGAAACAGAGGCAGCAGUACUUAAAUAUCUUCAAGAACUACUGUAAUGGUGCAACCUCCACAGCUGUGUUUGGUCAGCUAUUUGUGGAUACACUGGAGCCAUCAAUACUGCAGGCAGCAUAUGACCAAACUGCCAUUGAUCUGAGUGAGAAAAUGAAACGUGAUGUUCCUGCAUUUAAUGGAAACAGGUCAAAUCUGGAAAAACACAUUCUGACAUCACUAGCAGAAGAGGGAUCUUUUGAGAAUUACAUUCAAUACAUUCAGAAUCCAAGAGAACAUUUUAACAAUUUUAUUAAGAAGAAGGUCAAUGACUACAUUUUCAAAGACAACUGUUUAGUAGUUCUAGAAACUAUCAAAGGCAACAUCCAGUCCAAAGGAAAGUGUGUGAUGGAUGCUGUGAAUGAAGCAACAAAGGAGGCCAAUAACAGCAACGGAGAUGUCAACAUGUGGCUGCACCAUUUAUCACAAAAGCUAAAAGAUGAGCUUCAGUUUAAAGAAAAGUCAUGUCUUGAGAAGAAAGAAAUUACAGACCUUGACUUUCUUCAAGAGGUUGUGAUUAAAGGUCUAACUAGCAUCAUGCCAAAGUUAAGCACAGGCUUUCAAGACAUUUCUGACCUCAAACUGGAAAUGUUCAGGAAGAAACCUGAUGAGAUUCUGAUUGAGCACCUCUGUCAGUGCUGCUGGGCACAGUGUCCUUUCUGUAAUGCCAUUUGCACCAACACAAUGGAAGAUCACACUGGAAAUCACAGUGUCCGAUUCCACCGUAACUUCGGCACAAAUGGAUGGUCUUACAUUUUUAAAAAUCAGCUUGGGAUUGAUUUCUGUACAACUGCAAUUUCAAGUAAUCUUCUGCAUUUUCAGAAAUCUGGUAAAGUAUUUUCUUUUAAAGAAUACAGAUCUGCAGGUGGAGAAUAUGCCAAGUGGAACAUCAGCCCUGAUAAUUCUGAGAUGCCGUACUGGAAAUGGUUUGUGUGCAAAUUCCAGGAGGACUUGGAAAAGCACUACAAGAAAAAAUUCAUUGGGCAUGGAGAGAUUCCCAGUGAAUGGAAGGAUUACACUAAAGAGAAAGCUAUUGAAAGCUUAAGAGAGUUGUAGUGUAAC